GCCCUAGCUACUUCAUGCUGCGAUGCAAAUCAAACAAAAAGAAUAAUGAGGAUUUUGAGAAGCUCUUCUUCUUCUUCAUCAAGAAUAAAGAUGAAGAUAAAUGCCAAUCUUUAUCCGUCCUUCUUCAGGAUCUACUUGGGUGAAGCCCUUUUCCGGGAACGCAUUCAUGUACCACGUGCUUUCAUGGAUGCACACGGGGACAAGCUGUAUGAGAGUUCAUGGACUGUGAAGACAGAAAAGGGAGGGUCCAGAAAAAUGAAGAUAGAAAGACAAGGAAGAGAUUCAUUCUUCUGCAAAACAGAUUGGGAAGAUUUUGCUACCGAUCACAACCUAGGCUAUGGAGACAUUAUUGUGUUUUUUCUGGUUGGAAAAUCUGAGUUGGAUGUUCUGCUUCUUAGCCAAACCACUUCUUGCCGUAUUGAGAAUAAAGCUGAUGAAAGUGGUGAUGGAAUUGAUGCAUUAUCUCAUGAUGAUGAAGAGGAGGAUGACAAGAAAGAUAUUGAAAUUAUCCCAACAAAACCCAAGAGGAACAAGCCAUCGCGUUCCUAUGGCAGAAAGUCUAAAGUAACCUCUGUUAAUGCAGAAAAGGAAGUGAAGACAGAGUGUGAAAGUGAAGCAGAGGGAGUAAAGAUUCAAAGGUUCAGUAAUGUCAAUCUCUCUACUCGGUAUCCUUACUUCGAAACUGUCGUGAAGCGGAGCCACGCGGAUAAAAGUUACAUGUUCAUCCCUUUGGACUUUGCACGCAAGACGGGAAUCAUUGAUGCAAAGGAAGUAAAACUGAUGAUGAGAAGCCCCGGAGGGCAAUAUGGGAAGAGUGUGAGGGUGCGGAUUUCGAGAUUGGAUCAUAGGGUCCAUAUGAUCGACGGGUGGAGGUCAUUUGGGCGGGCCAAUGAUAUCAAAGCAGGGGACGAGUGCUCAUUUACUCUGGUUAAUCCCAACACCAAAGGAGUCAUGCGACUAUUGGUCAAAAAACUCUUCAAAUGAGAAGAAAAUAUUUGGAAUUUUGCAUGGUGUACCAGCCCAAGUGUAACCAAGUGUAAUUAUGUAUGUAUAGAUAAUUAUGUUGGGUUUAGUUAAAAACAUGUUUGUGAUCCCGAAUUGUUUAGACAUAAACAAUUCAUUUUUGGAGUCACAAACACUUCUCCUUACUAAAAUCUCAAACUAAAAUCUCAAGUGUGAUUGUCUAUCAAUAUAGACAAUUACACUUGAGCGUGUAAGUCUGUGUGUAACCUGACGUGGACAGGUCAUCCAUAUUUGUGUCAUCUUUUUGGGUAUGUGUGUAAUUUCACGGGCCUGUGGGCUGUGUACCUAUUUGGUACGUUUUUUGGUUGACUUAGAUGUACUUAAGACCUACGAUUGGGAGCCGCAUAUUUGUUUAAGACAUAAGCACAUACUCCGUAAUUUUGAUCCGUUGUUUGGUCUUUUAAACUAUUAAAGUGCGUUCCUCUUUU